UUCUUCCCCUUCCGGCUCCUGUCCCCUCUGGGUCGUCAUGGCGGCGCCCGGCCAGCCGCUGCUUAUCUUCUCGCUCCUUCUCCUCUCCCGGCCUCUCCCGCCGGCGGGCGCCGUCUACGAGGACCAAGUGGGCAAGUUCGACUGGAGGCAGCAGUACGUGGGGAAGCUCAAAUUCGCCUUUUUGGAAGCCUCCCCCGCCUCCAAGAAGCUGAUUGUGGCCACUGAGGAGAACGUGGUGGCUGCUCUGAACUCCCGCAGUGGUGAAAUCCUGUGGCGACAUGUGGACAAAGGGACUCCCGAAGGGGCAGUGGAUGCCAUGCUGAUCCACGGCCAAGAUGCCAUCACGGUUUCCAAUGGGGGUCGCAUCCUGCGCUCUUGGGAGACAAAUAUUGGUGGCCUGAAUUGGGAGGUUUUGAUGGAUGCUGGCAGCUUUCAGAUGGCUAGUUUGGUGGGACUCCAAGACGCUGUGAAGUAUGUGGCCAUUUUGAAGAAAAGUUCCAUCCUCCUGCAUUAUCUCUCCAACGGUUACCAAAAAUGGCUGGAACAUUUGCCGGAAAGCGAGACUGUCCAGUAUCAGUUGGUAUAUUCCCACGGAACAGGCAUGGUGCACGUUGUCGGGAUAUCUCCGCAAAGCCACCUCAGCGUCCUGACUUUCAGCAUUGAGGAUGGUGAAAUGACGAGACAGAUCAGGGUGGCAGCUCCCUGGCUGAGGAAUCUGGUUGGGACUUGCAAUGUCGUGGAAAAAGCUACGCUCGUGUGUGUGAACCCAGCCACCCAGUCCCUUUACACGUUGUCUCUGGAGGCAGAGGAGGAGAUGAAGGAGGUUCCACUGCAGUCUCUCGGCCUGGAAUUUGCGGACCUUUCCGAGGCCCGCAUCCUGUCCUCCCAGCCAAACCCAGCCAGAGCUCCCCGGCCUCAGUUCUUCCUGCGUUUGUCGCCCACCCACUUUGCUCUCUUGCAAUAUCGGCAUGGCGUCUUGAGCCUCCUUCGGAAUUUCCCACAGGCCAGCCUUGCGACUUUUGCGACUACCGGUGAGAAGACUGUGGUGGCCGUCCUCGCCUGCAAGGGUGAAGGGGAAAGCCCCUCUUGCCCCGCCCAGUCCUACACCAUCAACUUGUACCUGGCUGAAACCGGACAGAGGCUUCUGGACACCCUCAUCACCUUCACUCUGGAGAAAAGCAGCACCCGGCCUGAGCGGCUCUUCAUUCAGGUCUUCUUGAAGAAGGACGACUCGGUGGGCUACCGUGCCUUGGUGCAAACAGGGGACCACCUCCUCCUCUUCCUGCAACUGCCAGGAAAAAUUUGGUGGAGCCGGGAAGAAUCUCUGGCCGAGGUGGUUAGCCUGGAGAUGGUCGAUCUGCCCUUGACGGGGGCCCAGGCAGAGCUGGAAGGCGAAUUCGGGAAGAAAGCCGCCAUUCAAGAUGGCCUCCUGGGCAUGUUCUUCAAGCGCCUGUCCUCUCAGCUUAUCCUGCUCCACGCCUGGACCGCUCAUCUCUGGAAGAUGUUCUACGAUGCCCGAAAGCCCCGGAGCCAGACGAAGAAUGAGAUCAACAUUGACAAUUUAGCCCGGGACGAAUUCAACCUUCAGAAGAUGAUCGUGGUUGUCACGGCCUCGGGAAAGCUCUUUGGAAUAGAGAGCAGCUCGGGGACGAUCCUAUGGAAGCAGUUCCUCCAGGACGUGCGUCCCGGCUCUUCGUUCAAGCUGAUGGUCCAAAGGACGACGGCGCAUUUUCCCCAUCCUCCACAAUGCACCCUGUUGGUCAAGGACAAGGACUCGGGCCUCAGCAAGCUCUAUGUUUUCAACCCCAUCUUCGGCAAGUGGAGCCAGGUGGCCCCCCCGGCGCUGAGCCGCCCCAUCCUCCAGUCUGUCCUGCUUCCCAUCAUGGAUCAGGAUUAUGCCAAAGUGCUGCUUCUGAUUGACGACGAGUACAAGGUGACCAUCUUCCCAGCAAGCAAGAACGUCCUGCGGCAGCUGGAAGACACGGCCCCGUCCGUCACCUUCUACCUGGCAGAUGCCCAGCGGGGGAAGCUGAUGGGACGGAGGCUGCGAAGGGAUCUGACCACGGAAGAGACCUGGGACGUCACCAUCCCUCCUGAGCUGCAGCGCAUCGUGACGGUGAAAGGGAAGCGGGCCAACGAACACGUCCACUCUCAAGGCCGGGUGAUGGGCGACCGCAGUGUCCUGUACAAGUCACUGAACCCCAAUCUGCUGGCCGUCGUGACCGAGAGCACGGACACCCACCCGGAGCGCUCCUUCAUCGGAAUCUACCUGAUUGACGGCGUCACCGGCCGGAUCAUCCACUCCUCAGUGCAGAAGAAGGCCGAGGGGCCGGUGCACAUUGUCCAUUCGGAGAACUGGGUGGUGUACCUGUACUGGAACGCCAAGGCCCGCCGGAACGAGUUCACGGUGCUGGAGCUGUACGAGGGCACCACGCAGUACAACGCCACGGCCUUCAGCUCGCUGGACCGGCCCCACUCCCCCCAGGUGCUGCAGCAGUCCUACAUCUUCCCCUCCGCCAUCAGCGCCAUGGAAGCCACCCUCACCGAACGGGGCGUCACCAGUCGCCAUCUGCUGAUCGGUCUUCCCUCGGGGGCCAUUUUGUCUCUCCCCAAGGCUUUGCUGGAUCCACGGCGUCCAGAGGUCCCCACAGAGCAAACGAGGGAAGAAAACCUGAUCCCUUACUCCCCGGAUGUGCAAAUCCACGCCGAGCGGUUCAUCAACUACAAUCAAACCGUCUCCCGGAUGAAGGGCAUUUACACGGCCCCAUCGGGCCUGGAGUCCACUUGUCUGGUGGUGGCUUACGGAUUAGACAUCUACCAGACCAGAGUUUAUCCUUCCAAACAGUUCGACGUCCUCAAAGAUGAUUACGAUUACGUCUUGAUUAGCAGCGUGCUUUUCGGGCUGAUCUUUGCCACCAUGAUCACCAAGAGGCUGGCUCAGGUGAAGCUGCUGAACCGCGCGUGGCGGUAGCAGGAGAGAUUCACACAGACCCCACCCUGGAGGGUGGACGGCCGAGCCCUCGCGAGGGGAUCCUGGAGGAUUGCAGCCUCAUUUGGAAGGGAAGCACUUGCCCUUUUGCCUCUUGAGGAAAAGAGGUGUGGAAUCGCGCUGCCUGUUGCCCCCAAACCCGUCUCCAUUCACUACGGAAACGGUUCUGUGAAAUAAGCUGCUUUGAAUAUGUUAUCCCCGUCCUUCGACGCCUGCUCUGCGGAACUGCUUUGCUGUUGACUUUCUACAAUGACCAUUUUGACUCCUGAAGCCGUGAUGAAACAGGCCGUCUGCAUUUCCUUCUGAAAUUUUAGCUGAUUCAAAGAAUCAGCCAGAUUUCUCUAUAGACUUUUUCUGCCCUCUUCCCCUCUCGGAUUUUCAACGGAAGAAAGUGGUUGGGGGGGGGGGGAGGGAGACAACACUCUUGGAGAAAGUGUGAAAAAUCAAGCUUGGAAAUGCAGAAGAUGAAUUUGGAAAAAUGGAUAUAAACUGGGGAGAGUGAGCCUGUUCAAUCUUUAGCAUCCCUAGCAAGGAAUUUAGAGAGAGACAGUCUGUCUUUUCCCUGCACUGAAUUUUAAAACUUCCCUUUCUUAAUUGGCUCCUUUGUUCUAAGAUUUCCUUUGUCUUAUAAUUCCUAAUUUAUAUUGCAUUUUUUGGGAUCAGUCCAGAUUUGAGUUUUAGGAGUACUUGAAGCUUUUUUUAAAAAAAGCAGGGAUUACGUUCUAAAUGAAGCAUCUUCCUGAAUGUGCUUUCUUUUCUCCUGACGGCAAGCAAGUGGCUUGCUAAGAGUCACCCCACUGGUCGGUUUAUUUAUAUUUAUUCUGAAGGGGAUUUUGGGUCACAGUGGGCAAAUCUGGAGUUCGCAGGGUAGAAAUUUGCAUUUUCUUUCGGAAAAAAUGUGUGAACUCCGAGCUUUCCUCCUGUAAGAUCAGGCACAGCAGAAAUAAAAGAAAUAACAGCGAA